AUGCCCACUACUCUUGUCCUCGGCUCUCAGUGGGGCGACGAAGGCAAAGGCAAACUUGUCGACAUCCUCGCCCAACGCUCCACUCUCUGCUGCCGUGCAGCUGGAGGCAAUAAUGCUGGUCACACAAUCGUGGUUGACAACACCACCUAUGACUUCCACAUCCUUCCUUCUGGUCUUAUCAACCCAGCCUGCACAGUCAAUCUGAUCGGCGCUGGAUGCGUCGUGCAUGUCCCGUCAUUCUUCAAGGAGCUGGACGAUUUGGAACGGAAGGGCUUGACUGGAGUGAGAGAAAGAAUAUUGAUCAGUGACCGUGCUCACGUAUGUUUUGACCUGCAUGUUGCCGUCGACGGUAUCGUGGAGGAUGUGUCGGGCAAAAAGGACGGUGGGAAGGGGAAGAUUGGGACGACGAGGAAGGGCAUUGGACCGUGUUAUGCUGAUAAGGUGGCAAGGAGAGGAGUACCAUUUUGGAUGCUCGUGAGUCAGGAAAAGGAAGGUAAGGGACGGUGGGAGGGGAGGCUGAGAGACUUGGAGAAGGGAUACCGGAGAUUAUAUGGCGAUGAAGCACUCGGCGGCUACGACUUGGAGGGUGAGGACUAUCGCAAAACGCUUUCGCAGUAUGUCAUCGCUCAAACACCACUACUCGCUGCCGCAUCAACUCCAGCUCCGCCUCCACCUGUCGCUAACGGUGUUGUCACACUGCAAGAGCGACCAUCUCACAACAUUCUGAUUGAAGGCGCAAACGCCCUUCUGCUUGAUAUAGACCAUGGCACUUACCCCUUUGUCACCUCAUCUAAUACCGGCCUCGGAGGCGUCUUCACUGGAUUGGGAGGAUUGUCUCCUCUUGCGUUCUCAACACCUGGCUCCUCAAUCAUUGGUGUCGUCAAAGCAUACACUACGCGAGUCGGCUCGGGUCCUUUCCCAACCGAGUUGACACCAGAAAGGGACGGAGGAGACGUUCACUAUGGCGAAAAGCUACAAAAAAUAGGUAGAGAAUUCGGAGUCACAACUGGGCGACGAAGAAGGUGUGGCUGGUUGGACCUUGUGCUCGUCAAGUACUCUGCGCAAGUCAACUGCUAUACACAAAUCAACCUCACUAAGCUCGAUAUCUUGGAUUCAUUUGAGGAAAUCCGGGUCGCGAUUGGAUACAAACUAGAUGGUGAGGAGCUCGAUACUUUCCCGGCGGACCUUGAUCAAAUGGAUCGGAUAGAGAUCGUGUACAAGACCUUCGAAGGGUGGAAGGCAGAAACGACAGGAUGUAGAAGGUGGGAGGACUUGCCAGAAAGGGCCAAGGAGUAUGUGUCGUUCAUUGAAAAAUGGGUGGGAAUCGAAGUGAAAUGGAUUGGGACGGGUCCAAGACGUGAGGAUAUGGUGACGAGGUAG